UCUAUAUUUAUUUCCAUUCAUUUCAACUCAGUGAAUUAUUCACUUCGUGUAGGACCCCCUUGGCGGGCCACAGUCAUUGAGUGAGCGCCCGUCCCUCUGAUUGGCUGUGGACCCUCUGGGCUUUCAUGUCGUUCGCGAUAAGCGCCUUAUCGUCACGUGGUGGGUCUUCGCUUCCCAUAGGGUUUCUCACCCCACAGAUCUCAUUGGGAAAAUUUCGCCUGAAAAGCUCUUGUUCACGACGGCAUCUCGAGACUCGGCACGGAUUUCUAACGAAGUAACGCCACACACACUCCGAUACAAUGGCCAAACUCUCGCGUGGUGCCCCUGGUGGCAAGCUUAAGAUGACCCUGGGUCUCCCAGUUGGUGCCGUCAUGAACUGCGCCGACAACUCCGGUGCCCGAAACCUGUACAUCAUCGCCGUCAAGGGUAUUGGUGCUCGCCUGAACCGAUUGCCCGCUGGUGGUGUCGGUGACAUGGUCAUGGCCACCGUCAAGAAGGGAAAGCCCGAGCUCCGAAAGAAGGUCCACCCCGCCGUUAUCGUCCGCCAGUCCAAGCCCUGGAAGCGAUUCGACGGUGUGUUCCUGUACUUUGAGGACAACGCCGGUGUCAUCGUCAACCCCAAGGGUGAGAUGAAGGGAUCCGCCAUCACUGGCCCCGUCGGAAAGGAGGCUGCUGAGCUCUGGCCCCGUAUUGCCAGCAACUCCGGUGUUGUGAUGUAAGGUGCUUUUGGGAGAGGAAA